AUGGCUGCCCACCCCCACUUGGCUGCGAGGCGGGGCAGUGCUGAGUGUGUGUCUGCCCUCAUACCCUCCAGUGACCUUAACGCCAAGGACAAGUAUGGCCGCACACCCCUCCACUUGGCCGCUACGCGGGGCAGUGUUGAGUGUGUGUCUGCCCUCAUACCCUCCAGUGACCUUAACGCCAAUGACAAGGAUGGCUGCACACCCCUCCACUUGGCUGCUAGGCGGGGCAGUGCUGAGUGUGUGUCUGCCCUCAUAUCCUCCAGUGCCUUUAACGCCGAGGACAAGGAUGGCCGCACACCCCUCCACUUGGCUGCUAUGCGGGGAAGUGUUGAGUGUGUGUCUGCCCUCAUGUUCUCUUGUGGCCUUAACGCCAAAGACAAGGAUGGCCGCACACCCCUCCACUUGGCUGCUAUGCGGGGCAGUGUUGAGUGUGUGUCUUCCCUCAUGCCCUUUAGUGACUUUAACGCCAAAGACAAGGAUGGCCGCACACCCCUCCACUUGGCUGCUAGUGUUUCUUUGAGGAGUGCUGAGUGUGUCUCUGCCCUCAUACCCUCCAGUGACCUUAACGCCAAGGACAAGGAUGGCCGCACACCCCUCCACUUGGCUGCUGAGCUGGGCAGUGCUGAGUGUGUGUCUGCCCUCAUGCCCUCCAAUAACCUUAACGCCAAAGACACGGCUGGCAGCACACCCCUCCACUUGGCUGCUAAGCGGGGCAGCGCUGAGUGUGUCUCUGUCCUCACACCCUCCAGUGACCUUAACGCCAAAGACAAGGAUGGUCGCACACCCCUCCACUUGGCUGCUAGUGUUUCUUUGAGGAGUGCUGAGUGUGUCUCUGCCCUCAUACCCUCCAGUGACCUAAACGCCAAGGACAAGGAUGGCCGCACACCCCUCCACUUGGCUGCUGAGCUGGGCAGUGCUGAGUGUGUGUCUGCCCUCAUGCCCUCCAAUAACCUUAACGCCAAAGACAAUGAUGGCCUAACACCCCUUCACUUGGCUGCUAUGCGGGGCAGUGUUGAGUGUGUGUCUUCCCUCAUGCCCUCUAGUGACUUUAACGCCAAAGACAAGGAUGACAAGGAUGGCCGCACACCCCUUCACUUGGCUGCUAUGCGGGGCAGUGUUGAGUGUGUGUCCUCCCUCAUGCCCUCUAGUGACUUUAACGCCAAAGACAAGGAUGGCCGCACACCCCUCCACUUGGCUGCUAAGCGGGGCAGCGCUGAUGACCUUAACGCCAAGAACGAGGAUGGCCACACACCCCUCCAAUUGGCUGCAAUGCAGGGAAGUGUUGAGUGUGUGACUGCUCUCAUGCCCUCCAGUGACCUUAACGCCAAAGACAAGUAUGGCCGCACACCCCUCCACUUGGCUGCUAGUGUUUUAUUUGGGAGUGCUGAGUGUGUGUCUGCCCUCAUACCCUCCAGUGACCUUAACGAUAAGGACAAGGAUGGCCGCACACCCCUCCACUUGGCUGCUGAGCUGGGCAGUGCUGAGUGUGUGUCUGCCCUCAUGCCCUCCAAUAACCUUAACGCCAAAGACACGGCUGGCAGCACACCCCUCCACUUGGCUGCUAAGCGAGGAAGCGCUGAGUGUGUCUCUGUCCUCACACCCUCCAGUGACCUUAACGCCAAAGACAAGGAUGGUCGCACACCCCUCCACUUGGCUGCUAGUGUUUCUUUGAGGAGUGCUGAGUGUGUCUCUGCCCUCAUACCCUCCAGUGACCUAAACGCCAAGGACAAGGAUGGCCGCACACCCCUCCACUUGGCUGCUGAGCUGGGCAGUGCUGAGUGUGUGUCUGCCCUCAUGCCCUCCAAUAACCUUAACGCCAAAGACAAGGAUGGCCGCACACCCCUUCACUUGGCUGCUAUGCGGGGCAGUGUUGAGUGUGUGUCUUCCCUCAUGCCCUCUAGUGACUUUAACGCCAAAGACAAGGAUGGCCGCACACCCCUCCACUUGGCUGCUAUGCGGGGCAGUGUUGAGUGUGUGUCUUCCCUCAUGCCCUCUAGUGACUUUAACGCCAAAGACAAGGAUGGCCGCACACCCCUCCACUUGGCUGCUAAGCGGGGCAGCGCUGAGUGUGUCUCUGCCCUCAUACCCUCCAGUGACCUUAACGCCAAGGACGAGGAUGGCCGCACACCCCUCCACUUGGCUGCUAAUGUUUGGUUUGGGAGUGCUGAGUGUGUGUCUGCCCUCAUACCCUCCAGUGACCUUAACGCCAAGGACAAGGAUGGCCGCACACCCCUACACUUGGCUGCUGAGCUGGGCAGUGCUGAGCGUGUGUCUGCGUUUAUAUCCUCCAAUGACCUUAACGCCAAUGACAAGGAUGGCUGCACACCCCUCCACUUGGCUGCUAGGCGGGGCAGUGCUGAGUGUGUGUCUGCCCUCAUAUCCUCCAGUGCCUUUAACGCCAAAGACAAGGAUGGCCGCACACCCCUCCACUUGGCUGCUAUGCGGGGAAGUGUUGAGUGUGUGUCUGCCCUCAUGUUCUCUUGUGACCUUAACGCCAAAGACAAGGAUGGCCGCACACCCCUCCACUUGGCUGCUAUGCGGGGCAGUGUUGAGUGUGUGUCUUCCCUCAUGCCCUUUAGUGACUUUAACGCCAAAGACAAGGAUGGUCGCACACCCCUCCACUUGGCUGCUAGUGUUUCUUUGAGGAGUGCUGAGUGUGUCUCUGCCCUCAUACCCUCCAGUGACCUAAACGCCAAGGACAAGGAUGGCCGCACACCCCUCCACUUGGCUGCUGAGCUGGGCAGUGCUGAGUGUGUGUCUGCCCUCAUGCCCUCUAAUAACCUUAACUCCAAAGACACGGCUGGCAGCACACCCCUCCACUUGGCUGCUAAGCGGGGCAGCGCUGAGUGUGUCUCUGUCCUCACACCCUCCAACAAGGAUGGCCGCACACCCCUUCACUUGGCUGCUAUGCGGGGCAGUGUUGAGUGUGUGUCCUCCCUCAUGCCCUCUAGUGACUUUAACGCCAAAGACAAGGAUGGCCGCACACCCCUCCACUUGGCUGCUAAGCGGGGCAGCGCUGAGUGUGUCUCUGCCCUCAUACCCUCCAACAAGGAUGGCCGCACACCCCUUCACUUGGCUGCUAUGCGGGGCAGUGUUGAGUGUGUGUCCUCCCUCAUGCCCUCUAGUGACUUUAACGCCAAAGACAAGGAUGGCCGCACACCCCUCCACUUGGCUGCUAAGCGGGGCAGCGCUGAGUGUGUCUCUGCCCUCAUUCCUCCAGUGACCCUCACCCCAACGACGAGGAUGGCCGCACACCCCUCCACUUGGCAGCUAAACGAGGAUGGCCACACACCCCUCCAAUUGGCUGCAAUGCAGGGAAGUGUUGAGUGUGUGACUGCUCUCAUGCCCUCCAGUGACCUUAACGCCAAAGACAAGUAUGGCCGCACACCCCUCCACUUGGCUGCUAGUGUUUUAUUUGGGAGUGCUGAGUGUGUGUCUGCCCUCAUACCCUCCAGUGACCUUAACGCCAAGGACAAGGAUGGCCGCACACCCCUCCACUUGGCUGCUGAGCUGGGCAGUGCUGAGUGUGUGUCUGCCCUCAUGCCCUCCAAUAACCUUAACGCCAAAGACACGGCUGGCAGCACACCCCUCCACUUGGCUGCUAAGCGGGGCAGCGCUGAGUGUGUCUCUGUCCUCACACCCUCCAGUGACCUUAACGCCAAAGACAAGGAUGGUCGCACACCCCUCCACUUGGCUGCUAGUGUUUCUUUGAGGAGUGCUGAGUGUGUCUCUGCCCUCAUACCCUCCAGUGACCUAAACGCCAAGGACAAGGAUGGCCGCACACCCCUCCACUUGGCUGCUGAGCUGGGCAGUGCUGAGUGUGUGUCUGCCCUCAUGCCCUCCAAUAACCUUAACGCCAAAGACAAGGAUGGCCGCACACCCCUACACUUGGCUGCUAUGCGGGGCAGUGUUGAGUGUGUGUCUUCCCUCAUGCCCUCUAGUGACUUUAACGCCAAAGACAAGGAUGGCCGCACACCCCUCCACUUGGCUGCUAAGCGGGGCAGCGCUGAAUGUGUCUCUGCCCUCAUACCCUCCAGUGACCUUAACGCCAAGGACGAGGAUGGCCGCACACCCCUCCACUUGGCUGCUAGUGUUUGGUUUGGGAGUGCUGAGUGUGUGUCUGCCCUCAUACCCUCCAGUUGUGUGUCUGCCCUCAUGCCCUCCAAUAACCUUAACGCCAAAGACACGGCUGGCAGCACACCCCUCCACUUGGCUGCAAAGCGGGGCAGUGCUGAGUGUGUCUCUGUCCUCACACCCUCCAGUAACCUUAACGCCAAAGACAAGGAUGGCCGCACACCCCUUCACUUGGCUGCUAUGCGGGGCAGUGUUGAGUGUGUGUCUUCCCUCAUUCCCUCCAGUGACAUUAACGCCAAAGACAAGGAUGGCCGCACACCCCUCCACUUGGCUGCUAAGCGGGGCAGCGCUGAGUGUCUCUGCCCUAAUACCCUCCAGUGA